AUGGCGACAAUUGAAGUCCUGAAAGAAUUUCUUUCCACUGUUGAAAAUACACCAGCACCCAGUACCAAAGUCUAUAGCACUUAUAGCUAUGAGAUGUGCAAGUCCGGAAACCUUUCAGCUGCCAGUAAAAUGCUACAAAUUUUAAAUGAUAAGAAAAUUGUUGUUUCCCUUGAUGUUUUUAAUCUCAUAUUAGAGGAGGCAAGCCAGAAGAAUGACAUUGACCUUUCUUGUCAAGUUUUCAUGAAGUUAUUGUUGUCCUGUAAAUCCCUAAGUGCAAUCUCAUGCCUUAAGUUUGCCCGGGCUUUCACAAAAGUAAAUGAUUGUGUGGAGCUACUCAGAUUUCUUGAGGAAAUAUCAGAGAUUAUGUCUUCAAGCACAUCAUCAUCCUUCAUCAACAAGAUCAUUUUUGCCUUUGCCAAAUGUGGACAGAGAGAAAAGUCCUUGGUGAUAUUUGAUCAUCUUAGGAGACAGAAGUAUGGUCUGGAUUUGGUCACAUAUAAUAUUGUUCUAGAUAUCUUGGGUCACACAGGCCGUGUGGAUGAAAUGAUUGAUGUGUUUGCAUCCAUAAAGGAUACUGGUCUCGUCCCAGAUAUUGUUUCUUACAAUACUCUAAUAAACAGCUUGCGGAAGGUUGGAAGAUUUGAUAUGUGCUUUGCGUAUUUUAAGGAAAUGACCGAGAAUGGGAUUGAACCAGACCUGCUUACAUAUACUGCAAUAAUUGAGAUUUUUGGCCGAUCAGGAAACGUGGAGGAAUCUCUGAAAUGCUUCAGGGAGAUGAAAAUGAAGGGAAUUCUUCCUUCGAUAUAUAUCUAUCGAUCACUAAUUCAAAAUUUAAAUAAAACAGGGAAAAUUGAGUUGGCAACAGAACUUUUAGAGGAGUUGAAUUCAUCAUCAACUUGUCUAGCUGGUCCAGAUGAUUUCAAGCGGAAAAGAAGGCAAAGACACACUUUAAAAGUUUAA